CGCUCGUAGGACAGGUCACAGCUGAGCCGAUGAGAUCAUGGAGGCUGAGGUCGGACGGGAUACGGCCAACAGGACUGCUCGGUGAUGGAGAGCUGCCUGUCCGAAUUCACGAUGUCCUACAGUAUAGCUGAAAAUACAAGACAUCCUGCCAAUGUUUCUAGGAGCCCCACUGCCAACAGUCUCCACUUCUUUCUUCGAAGAAGACUAAAUCCAGCUCAGUCUCUACACAGUCGGAUAUGGACUAGUGAAAAGUUUUGGCCAUUAAGUGCUCUUUAUUAUUCCUGUUGCUUGUUCUUAUUCCAUCAACUAUUUCCUUCCAGAUUUUAUAUUUUACAAUAAAAUUAUGCCUUUAAACAUAAGAGCCAAGCCCUCACACAGCAAGCUGACUGCUGCUGCAAAGAGUAGUGGGCACAACGAUGGCAGCACAUCUCAAUCACGCUUUCAGAGGUCUGCAAAACAAGGAAAAGGCAAACAGGCUGUCACAUCAGGUCCUGGGUACCGCUCAGGACUUGAGCCUGGCUCUGUGUCAAGCGGUGGGCCUCCACCGGCAGCUAAACUGACCGGGGCACAAGGUGCAGCUUCAAAGCCGGGUUCGAGAAUCAAAAUCAGUACAUCAGCAGCAGAAAAAGGCUCAGCUCGUGGUUCAGCAACAGCUCCGGGGGGUAAAACCCUGUCCAUGGAGAACAUCCAGUCCCUAAGUGCUGCAUAUGCCACUUCUGGAACCAUGUAUCCCAGUGAGCGGGAGUCCUUGGAACCUUCCGGUGGGUACCCAAAAGGCACCAUGACGUUAGGCCGGAGUACCAAACGCUCAUCUUACAGCAGUCGCACAAUAGGUAGUGGAAGCACCCCAAACAUCACAGCCUCUGGUAUGCAUCACAUAUCAGACUCAUGUGGAGACCAAACUGUAGUUUGCACAGGAACUUCCAGUUUGCGCCGGCAGUCAGGAAGAUGCACCCAAACAGUGGAUUCAGCUGAUCGAGGAGAUGCUUCCACUUACGAUCUCCAGGCUAUGCUGAGGGAUCUGCAGAGGGAAAAUGAAAGUCUCCGGAGAGAAUUGGACGGAGGAAGGGAUGGAAAGACAGGCUAUGGCACGAAUAGUGUUAAUUUCUGGAGCCCGGAUGUUAAGAGAGACAAGGGGAGUAGGCGUGAAGAGGGAGUAAGGACACCAGCUCUGAGGGAGCCAUGCAGGGUGAACCAAGAAGAUAUACAG